UUGUGAGGAACAAGCAUUUGUGGGAUGAGCAGCAGAGCUGAGCGCCCAUGAAAAAUGUGACAAAUCUGCUCUGCCAAUGCCAGACAGCAGCCACUCUCCGGUCUUGUACGGCUGCCAGGAGCCUCAACAUGUGGAGGAACAUUAUGUUCAGAUCACUGGAACCUCAACAUGUGGAGAACAUUAUGUUCAGGGCUUCAAUCAUCCAAUCCACCAAACAACACCAAACUAGAGUCAGCAGCAACAAAAAGCUGUUUGGCAUUGGCAGAGGAGAUUUGAUUCACAUUUUUCAUGGGCGCACCCCACAUACUCAGCUCUGCUGCUCAUCCCACAAAUGCUUGUUCGUCACAAAUGUGGUACCAUUGGAAAGCUUCUCGUGCUCAGGAAAGCUGUUUCAAGAAGAGCGCAGUAUGGCGACUGCAGAAUCAGAUAAACCACUUCCUCUAAAGCGCAUUAGUAGCUAUGAGUUGCUGCCCCCUGACAUGUCUGAGCUGAGGGUUGUUCUGCUGGGGAACAGCUGGUGUGAGAGGAGUUCAGUGGGGAACAUCAUACUGAGAGGGACUAUGUUCAACACUGAGGAAGAACCAGACUACUCUAUGAGAGUCAGUGGAGAGCUGGAUGGGAAAAGAGUAGUUGUGAUCAACACCCCAGAUCUGCUGCACGCCAACAUCUCUGAACAGAAACUGACAGAACAUCUGAAAGACUGUGUGAGAAUCUCUGAACCUGGACCUCAUGUGUUCCUGCUGGUUCUACAGCCUGAACACUUCACUGAGGAACACAAACUGAGACUCUGCAUGGUCCUGAAACUCUUCAGUGAUCAGUCAUUUAAUCAUGCACUGAUGCUCAUAGCAUCACCCAGCGAGGAGGGUUCAGGUUUAAUGGAACAAUACAUGGGACAACCCCCAUUACAAUACAUGAUCAGUAGAUGUAGAUACAGAUACUUGAAGCUGGAGAACCUUCAACAUCCAGAGCUGUUAACACGCUUGGGUCAAACUGCAAAGGAGAACAAUGGAGAGCAUGUGAGCUGUGAUGUGUUCGAGGACACCACGGCUUCCUUACCGGUUGAUCAUCAAAGUCAAAAACCAAAGGGAACAUUGUUUCCUAUCACAAAAGCUGUUCUAUUUGCUGGGCUGGGUGGUUUCGAACCAAUCACUUCACCAUUGUUACCCCAAGGGUUGACCACUGUGACUAAUUCAUCUGCAUUCAGGAUUGUGCUAUUGGGAAAAAGUGAGGACAAACAAAAAAAGAUUGGUUACUUUAUCACAGAGGGCAAAGGUGUUCGUUUCCAAAAUAUUUUCCCCAUCACACACUGUGUGACAAACCAUGGAGAGUGGAAGGGAAAACAGGUGGAAGUAGUGAAAACUACAGGCAUGUUCAGUCUAUCAGAGGAGUUAGUGAGAAAAGAGGUGAAGAGCUGUGUGAGUCUUUGUUCUCCUGGACCCAAUGUCCUGCUGCUGUUAGUGAAUCCUUCUGAUUUCACUGAUGAGAACAGACAAAGACUGAAGUUCAUCCUGAGUCUGUUUGGUCCAGAAGCUUUUAAACACUCAAUGGUCAUCAUAACCAAUAAUGAUAAAAAGACUAAAAUAGUGGAUCAGCUGCUUGCAGACUGUAGAGGAAGACUCUACAUCAUGGUUCACAACAACCGUGACUCAUUGAUGGAUACGAUUGAGAAGAUAGUUCAUGAAAACAAAGAAACAUGUCUCGGCUUCACUGAAGACAUCAAACCAGCUUUAAACCUGGUUCUGUGUGGGAGGAGAGGAGCAGGGAAGACUUCAGCAGCCAAAGCCAUUUUAGGUCAGACAGAGUUUCCUUCAGUCUCCAACUCAUCAGAGUGUGUUAAACAUCACGGAGAGGUGUGUGGACGCCCGGUUUCCCUGGUGGAGCUGCCUGCUUUGUGUGAAAAACCUCAGGAGGAAGUGAUGGAGGAAUCAUUCAGGUGUGUCUCCCUCUGUGAUCCUGAGGGCGUCCAUGCCUUCAUCCUGGUCCUACCUGUGGAUCCCCUCACUGAUGAAGACAAGGGAGAGUUAGAGACCAUCCAGAACACAUUCAGCUCAAAAGUCAAGGACUUCACCUUGAUUCUGUUCACUGUGGAGUCAGAUCCUACAGCUCCAGUUGUUGUUAACUUUCUAAAGGAGAACAAGGACAUCCAGGAGCUCUUUCAGAGCUGUGGAGGAAGACAUGUUGUUCUCAACAUCAAGGACCAGCAGCAGAUCCCAGAGCUGUUGGAUGCUGUGGAAGAGACGAGAGUCGGAGGAUCCAGGUGCUUCACAAAGGACAUGUUCAUCAAGGCUCAGAUGACGAAGGUGGUAGAGUUAGGUAAAACUAACAAAAGACUUCAAGCUGAACUGCAGGAUGUUCAAAAGAAAAGGGAGAUGGGAGAUCAUGAUGAAAGUCAGAACAGAGAGUGUCUCAGGAUGGUGUUGAUUGGGAAGACUGGCAAUGGGAAGAGUGCAACUGGAAACACCAUUUUGGGAAAAAAACAUUUUACAUCAUCUGUCAGCUCAAAGUCAGUGACCAAAUGUUGCGAGAAAGCAACAGGAGAGAUUGAUGGACGUCCUGUCGCUGUGUUAGACACCCCUGGUUUGUUUGACAGGACACUGCCCAAUGAGGCUGUUCAAGAGGAGCUUGUUAAAUGCAUCAGCUUGUUGUCUCCUGGACCUCAUGUGUUCCUACUGGUGCUGCCGAUAGGCCGAUUUACACCGGAAGAAGAAGACUCUGUGGAACUGAUCAAGAAAUGGUUUGGAAAGAAAUCUGGAGAUUUCAUCAUCAUUAUUUUCACCAGAGGAGAUGAUCUGAAAAAUACACCAAUCGAGAGUUACGUAAAAGACAGUGAUGACUCUUUGAAAAAACUGAUAAAUGACUGUGGAGGGAGAUACCAGGUCUUCUAUAACAACAAUGACAAAGACCACAUGCAGGUCAGAGAGCUGAUGGUGAAGUCCAACAAAAUGCUGAAGGAAAAUGGUGGCAGCUGCUACACCUCAGAGAUGUUCCAAGAGGCCGAGGCCGCGAUACAGAAGAAAGUGGAGAAGAUCCUGAAGGAGAAGGAAGAAGAGAUGCAGAGAGAGAGGGAGGAGCUGAAAAGAAAACAUGAGGAGGAAAUGGAAGAAGUGAAGAGAAGAAUGGAACAGGAGAGAGAUACAAUUCAGCAGGAGAGAGCCAAACAGCUUCAAGAAAUGGAGGAAAAAAUCAACAAGGAAAAAGAGAAAAGAGGAAGGGAAGAGGAACUUAGAAAGGAAAAGGAGAAGGAGAAGAAAAGGCAGGAAGAAAUGACACGAAAGGAAUGGGAGCAAAAACUAGAAGGAGAGUUGGAGCAGAGUAAAGCAAAGAGGAAAAAGGAAAAAGAAGACUGGGAGAAGGAGAGAGAAGAAUGGUGGGAAAAACAAAGUCAAGAAAAUAAAACGAGACAACAUAACGAGAAAACAAAGCUUCAGAAGUUGCAAGAUGAAUACGAGCAGGAAAGAGAAAAACAUGAAAAGAAAAGAAAAGAAGAAGAUCUAAAGAGAAGAGAACAGGAGGAGAAGGAGAGAAAAGAGUUGGAGGGAAAAUAUAAGAAAGAACUGGCGGAGAUGAAGAAGAAAUAUGAAGAGGAGGCAAGAAAACAAGCUGAAGAAUUCAACGAGUUCAGAGAGGAAUACUCCAAGGACUUUGCCGCCUUGGUGGAGAAGCACAUGGAGGAAAUAGAGGACAUGAAGAAAGAGCAUGAAAGACAAACGCAAGAGACAGGAGAGAGCCAUGACAAAGACUACAAGCUGUUGCAAAACCUCUCAAAACACAAAGUAAAAUAUAUACAAGAACAAUCAGAAGACAUGAAGAAAAAGCACGAACAAGAAUUAAAGGAACUAAAACAAAAAUACAAGGACAAGUGUUUCAUCCUCUGACCUUAAGUCAGUAAAGAGCCAACGAUAGCUUAAUAUAACUAAGAAGCAUACAUAACAACAUAUUUAAAAUAAAAGUAGAAAUUACACAAGCUACAAAAUACACAAUACACAGCAGUACAGGUUUGAGAUAGCAGCCAGGGGAAAGUAUUAAAGGUGGAAGUUUAUAUUGCACUGCUAUUUACGCUCAAUAUAUGUAUAUAUUUUAAUUUCAUUUCAUUAUGCCUGAGAUAUAUUUUAUAUUAUUAUUCAAAUGUUAAUUUUAAACUAUAUAAUCAAUUAUUUCGCUUCAGGGAAGAAAAAUAAAAAAGAUGUGGAAAAAAUGUUUUUUGUUAGCUUUUAGUCGGCUACUUUUAACGUGACGCACACAAGUGACAAGUAACUGUCAUGGCGCAAAAACGUAUCUCGGAAUUCUUUCUCACUAAAAACGCUAAAUCUGCUAAAAAGAUUGAAAUAGAAGAUGCAGCGUGUAAGAAAUUAAAAUCAAUGUUUAAUGACGUAAUUUAGUUUAAACAUACUGUAAGCUUAAAACUGUUUUAUUCUGAAAACAUUUCAUUUCCGGUUAGCAUUGGUUUGUGGCUAACGUUGUUGCUGAAUGUUAAAUGAAUGUACAGUUUAUUUUGAAAAGCUUUAUUGAAAGGCGUCUCCGUUGUUACAAUGACGUCACUUCCGGUGUCACGUUAACAAUUUUUACAGCCGUUAAAAUGCAUUAAAUAAGUCAUGAAUGAGUGUAUGAGGAGAAAAGGCGUGUGGAGUUAUACAAUGAACACACAACGUCUAAAUCCUCUGAUUUACGCAAUAUCGGACACUGAAGAACAUGUGGCGGGAGGACCCCCUUUCGUCAGAGCCACCAUUGAGAGGAGGAGCCAGGGGUCAGAUAUAUACAGAUGUCCUGGCUUGCUCGGCCUCUCGUCUCCCCCCUUCCAACAUGGCGCUGUUUGUUUCAAAACCACGUUACUUAAUUAAAGUACCCAUUUGAACCUU